AUGGCGCCAAACUGGAUCGGAGCGCGCGCAGUGCUGGGAGCGGACGCUCAGAUUGUUGUGGAGAGGCAACAUGGUGGAGUACCAGCCGCCGCCCAGAGUACAGCGGCGGCAUCGAACACCUCUCUCAUUAUUGGAAUCGCGGUGGGCGUGCCAGUGGUCUUAGCGAUUGCCAUCGCGAUUGUGAUUGCCAGGAUUCUUCGCCUACGAAGGGCCCACCGCAGGGCUUUGGCCGAGCUGGAGCAGAGAGCAGGCGCCGCUACGAGGGGACAGAUGCAAGAAGUUCCACGACCAGUGAGCAGCGGAAGAACUGGAAGGUUGGCUUCGUCACACGCGCAGGGAGGAUGGGACAUGCUUGGAUCCAAUGAUACAGUAAACGAGCCAGAACAGGUUGCAAACCCAAAGCGCAAGCGGUCGACGGUCUCUUUGCCGAAACGAAUUCGGCAGUCAAAAGACAUUCAACUGAAGAGAUGGAAGCAUCUUUCCGCGAUCGUAGAGAGCCCACGGAGUGAAAGCCGAAAGUCCUCAGCGCAGCCAUCAAUCCAUGCGAUGCCACCAGCAGAGAAUGCAAUGCCAUCGCCACACCACUCGAGCAUAGGUCAGGCGACAACAACAGAUCAGGCCGUGAUGCUGCAUCCUGACCAGAGUGUGAUCGGUUGUUCUGGUAGCCCCAAGCCUGAAGUAUUGCCUUCGUUCGCCUUCCGAUCGCCAGCAAGAUCCGGCGCAGCCAUCGCAAAUGAUGAACCCAAGCGCAUGGGAAUGAGAUCUGCGUCCGUGGGGGCACUCAACGCCGAUGGUGCCGUCUUCAGCCACACAGAACAGAUCAUUCGCAACCCCAGGAGGAAUCGCCCGCCGCUGCACGAGCGUUCCAUUUCUCUGGGGGCACCACUCACCAGACCACCCUCUGGACCAGUGCCGCCCCUGCCCGUUAUCUCUCCUCACACCAUAACAAACGAUGAAUGUUCACGCCAAGGCGUCUGCGUGUCGCGAAUGUCCUCCUCCAGCAGCAUCAACUCGGCAGGUAGCUCCGUUCUGAUCACAAGUCCCAUUUUGGCAAGGACUGACGAUCAAGGGCUACUCAGCACACCGACGCUAGAAGACGUCGUGGCUGACGAUGAGAACGCAGCCUUGAAGAACGUCACGAAUCGUCAAUGGCAGAGACCACGUGUUGCAGGACCAAGGGCAGGUAGCAGCAACUCGAUGAGAGUGGAAAAGUCCCGUGCUUCCGUGCGGGCAAAUAUUGUCCGGUUCAGUAGCGAGAGUCUGUUGAGUCGCCAGCUCUCGACUGCAAGUACAGCAUCGAGCGACAGCGGGCGUAAUGGUUUGUCCGUCCCACACAUCGCGACCGCAGACAGCAUCAGCAUCCGUCGUGUUUCUUCUUCGAAUUCUCUGCGCGAUUCCGGGAGCGCCGUCAAGAAGAUCACGACCCCUACUCGUCGGCCCUCGAGAAGGCGGGUCAGCUCCGUUUCGCAUAGUGGAUCGCCUGCGGAGCGGAAGAGGAACAAUGUUCUGCGUGACAUCUCGGGCAAUGCGACGAAGCCAGCACCGCAGCGGCAAGUUUCCAUUUCCACGCAAGAUUCCGGCCGAAGCAGCAAUGGCAAUCCAUUCCAGUGGGAUUGCAGUCCGUCACGUAAUUUGACGAAGCCCAGUGCGCUGAAAGGUUCUCCAAAUGCCAGGAAAGGCCAGAGGAGACAGAACUGCGUCCGCAUCAGCACAUUGACGCCACAGAUUCUGGGUCCAGCUUCGACGAGUCGAAGUUCAAGUCCAGCCGGGAUCAUGAUGGACGGCAUCAUUGAAGAGCGUGAGAGCGACGAAUACAAGCGUGGAGAGUACCGGGAGAUCGAGCGCGUUGUUGCGAACGAGAGGCGAAGGACUCGUCCUCCAAUGCCCUCCCGCACUACGUCCAGCGAAUCCAACUUACGAAUCCAGACGCUGCGUGCAUCGUUGACUCCGAGCUCGCCGACACUUUCGACUUGGAAUGCGUACCAAGAAGCGCAUGGCUUUCCCAUGCAGCACUCUGAUUCGAACCUUUCAGUCGCUCACUCGAAUUUCUCCAUGUCGCCAAUCAAUAGUCAUCGCUCCGGGUCGAGACAAUCUUCACAUUCCGGCUUCGUGAUCCCGACGUUUCCAUCGCCUACUAAGGCUCGAGCGUCGGUUGCAGUGAGCCAGAUCGAUACCGCGCCAAUGCCUCAAUUCUCUUUCGAUAUGGAGAGCCCGACACUUGGCUUCGGGGACCCAAGCAGCUGUAGUCCGUGGGCACUGCCUCAGGAGUCGACGCCGGCGUCACCGCACGGAGACUCUCCUGUGGACUUGUCACCAACUUCUCCAAUCGACCUGCCGUCUUCUCCACCACUUCCAAUCUCGAAGACGAAGGAAUACGACCCCGCAUGGCCGAUGGCCAGUCUGCCAACGCUGGGGGCGGAAUACGACCCAGCGAGCCCGCCGGUGGUGUGGGAUAACGAUGCCACGGAACCAGAAAGGAGUUCCGGCUUCUUUCUACCCUUCGCCGCCGUCGUCGCGAACCAGGACGCUGAUGUCUCUCCGCGAAACCGUCUAGACGGCUACGCACAGAAUGACGAUGAGCCGUCUUGCUUGCUCAAGACCGUUUCUCAGCCUGUCUUUGAUGAAAAGCUCACGAGUGCAAAUGCGAGCUCAAUCAUGGCACGUAUGCCCGAGUCGCAACCUGGCACUUCGAGUUUCCUUGGAACCAACGUUCCGAUUCUAAUACCACCGACCACGGGGUAUGAAGAUCUGUACCAGACGCACUGGCAAUCCUCCCCAAUCGUUCCCCAUUCAACGCUGCAUCAUAGGAAUCGCUCCGUGUCCAUCUCAACACCAGUGACACCCGGCACCACCGUCCGCACAACAACAGCCCGUCCACCACCUCUCCCUACGAUCCCCCAAAGCGACGAUUCCCCACCUGAAGCCCCACCACAAACAACCAAACCGGCAGGCAAAACCUCCCCCCGCGGUCCCCGUUCCGCCCCGGCAAAAUCCGUCCUCAAAAACGCCAUGGCCCUCCGCCGCAUGAACAGCGAAAUCUCCUCCUAUUCCCCCUCCAACCGCGAAUCCCGCGCCUACGCCCGUCUCGGCCGCGAAGCAUCGCCCCUCCUCCCCUGGAUCGGAACUCCCACCGAAACCGUCCCCCACGACAACGAACUCUUCGAUUUCGACUUCGACGCAACGACCGGGGGCGCCGAACAAGCACGACGAGCCGGAAACGAAAGCCCCUCCGCCCUCGACGAUUUGGAUCUCGAAGCUUUCGGGAGGAAUAUCGACGGUGCGCUGGCGGAGUUUGAGGCGGAAUUCGAGGCGAAUCUGGGGUAUGCUCGGUUGUCGGCGGUGGGGGAUGGUCAUCGGCAUCGGCAGCACCAUCACCAUGACCUUUCGAGGGCGGAGAAGGCCAAUAGUCCUGGUUUGAGCGGGCAGGAAGCGCAGAGGAGUUCGAAUGUGUGGGAUGAUGGGGAGAGGUAUUGGUCUGGGGGUAUACCUUGUUCGGAGAAGAAGACUUCGCCGCCGAAGAAGGAGAGGGGGUGGGAGAGGGAGGAGGAUUCGCGGACGGUGGAUCCGAGGUUGUUGUUGUCGACGCCUGUUGCCAGGUUGAAGCAGAGUUCGCAGCAGCAGACGACGCGCGCGGUGUGUGGAACGCCGGAGAGUCUGUAUGGCGCCGAUGGAUUUCUCAAGGCCUAG